UGUAAGUAUUUGUCCCUACACUAUCAUCGCCAUCAUAAAAAGUAUUCCACCUGUAGCCGCAUCUAUAACAUUCGUAACACGCAUUGCGCUUGCUCAUUUCGGCUCAAACCCCGCAGUGGGGGGACGCAGAAUAAAACCGCUUUCUGUCCGUCCCCUCACCACAUUUCACUUACCACCGCGAAGGAGUGUAGGACCAAAAAAAAUGAAGGCCUUCCUUGUAUUCUUAGUGUGUGUGGUAGCAGUUAGCUGCAAGCCUGCAACCUCUGAUGAUGACGUCAUCGGGUCAGUCGUCGGGGUUGUCAAGAGCUGUGCCGACGAAGAUCCCUGGAUGUGUAUCAAGGAAAAAUCUAUGAGAUUCUUAGAAAACGCAGCUUCUGCUCGCGAAUUGAAGCUUGCCGAUGGUCUCGCUAUCUACAAUGUUGGCACAUCACGCUCUGCUAGGUCCUACGAACCCCUUCCGGAAGAACCUCAGGCCAGGGAGAACCAGGUCGAGGCCAGGCUAGUGGAUGCCGCAGCUGACUUCAUGGAAAACCAUGUGAUCCAGCUCCGCAUGCCCAAGAGCACCGUCGAGGACAUGAAGCGAUCCCUUGAGGAAGGCCGUGGCAAGAAGAAGAAGCUGAAGCAGCUCCUCCCCAUCCUCGCCCUCGUCCAGCUCAAGAUCCAGUCUCUCAUCCCUCUGUUCCUCGGUAUCAUCGCUUUCGCCGCCGUCAAGGGUCUGAUGCUCGCCAAGGCCGCCCUCCUCGCCUCUGGAUUAGUCCUCCUCAAGAAGCUGCUGUCCAAGAGCGAGCACCACGAGAGCUACGAGGUCGUUGCCCACCCCCACCAUGAUGAGCACUUCAGCCACGGCAGCGGUGGUCACGGAGGCUGGGGCAGGUCCGCUCAGGAUGCCCAGAACCUGGCGUACAGCGCCUACUCCAACUAAACCUAAGAUAAAUCUAAGUCCUUAAGGCCAUGGUUAAUCUUCAUGUAGCUUAGUUUGGACCUCAAAGUAACGAUUUUAAUUUAUUAUUUAAUAAUUUAUUUAAAUUAUUUAUUGAUUGUUGAACGAGUGAAUCUUGUCUCGAAUUUUCAUUAGCAUCGCCGGCAUCUUUAAUCUUAUCUGUCUCUUCCUACAUUGUACCUGUUUUAAUAGUAUAAUUUUCUUAAAGUACAAAUGUAUCUACGAUAA